AUGCCUCCUGCAGAAGUGACCACUGCACCUCAAACAGUUGAGUUGCCAGGGCCAGACACCUCCACGAACAGUGACUCGACAGCUGGUGCUGACGUGAAUGCCGUUGUGCCCUUUGCGACACCCAAGUCGAAAGCCAAAGCAAAAGCCAAGGGCAAGUCGAAAGCCAAGGCCAAGUCCAAGGCCAGGGCGACGGCACCAAACACAGAGUCGCAGGACGAGGUCGCAGUCGAGGUCGAUGAUGAGGUCAUGGCCGAGGCCGGGGCCGAGGUCGAGGCCGGGGCCGAGGUCGAGGCCGAGGUCGAGCGCGAGGAGGAGGAUGCUCCGAAUGAGUCGAGCAGACCUGCGAACCGGUGGAACCAGGACCUCUGUGUCAUUUGCCAUUCGGAGAUGCCCCCGGGCCAGGCAGGCUGGUUUCGUUUGCCUUUGGUUAAUGAACCAUUGAUAGUGGCAUUGGAAGCGCUAUCGUGUGGCCACCUCUUUCACAGCGAAUGUAUCAAUCGAUACUGUGAGUCGACCGGGCGGAACAAGGCCACCGCUUGCCCUCUCAAGUGUGCGAGCUCAGCCUCUAUGGCAAGGUUCUUUUUGGGUCCGAGGGGGUCCACGGGAAGCAAUGCCCCUGUUCCUGUCGAAGAUGAUGCUAAUGAUGUGGACGCAAUCGUUCAGGAAAUACAAGCUCAACUCGUUGACGACCGCACUCGUGAAGAGGAAGCUCCUGAGGUCAACGACCCCGUGGUGGACUGA